UUCGAUCCCACUCACUGUGGGAGGAAGAAACCAUGUCAGGCAGGUAAACGCCAACAUUAGCUCGAAGAAGACCGCGAGGUUGGACACUUUAGUUUUGUUGUUAGUUUUUGAAUAGUCUAUUUGUUGUUAGUUUUUGAAUAUUGCUGCCGCCGCGUGUGUGUCGAGGUCGAGCACCGCAGGCAAAAACUUGGUUGACAAGAAGAGCAGGAGGAGGCAGUGCUGAGCGAAACCUUCACCCCUCGCGAAAGAAACAAGUGUUGUCAGAUUUACUACUGGAAGCGGCAACGGGACUUGUUCGGGGGGAGGAAUUCAACAUUCAACUCUGCAGAUUGUGGACUUUGAUUCAAACUCGCUACGCGUCACGUUUAUAGCGCACAGAUCCGAAUUAUCUCCUAGUGGCAAUGGGGGAGCAGCCAAUCUACACCACCAGGGCCCAUGUCUUCCAAAUUGACCGAACAACCAAGAAGAACUGGGUCCCAGCAAGCAAGCAGGCUGUCACAGUCUCCUAUUUUUAUGACAGCACACGCAACAGCUAUCGCAUCAUCAGCGUGGAUGGUUCCAAGGUUAUCAUCAACAGCACCAUCACCCCUAACAUGAUGUUCACCAAGACGUCGCAGAAGUUCGGCCAAUGGGCGGACAGCAGGGCCAACACAGUCUUUGGUUUGGGCUUCAGCUCCGAGCAGCAGCUUGCCAAGUUUGCAGAGAAGUUUCAGGAAGUCAAAGAGGCAGCCAAAACGGCCAGAGACAAAUCUCAGGAGAAGGUGGAGCUGCUGAGUAAUCACUCCCAGCAGGAGUCUGGACGUGAAACUCCAACAGGCAACCAGGCUUCCAGCAUCAACGGCACCGAUGAUGAGAAGAUAUUUCAUGUUGGUCCAGAGACUGUCCUGCUGAAGAAUGAGAACGAUCUCCUCAAGAGUGCCGUAGAACAGAGCAACAGCAACGCCAAGAACUUGGAAACUGAGCUGCAGACGUUAAGAGAGAAUAAUGCCAGGCUGGUUGACGCGCUGCAGGAGUCCUCUGCUAAUGUCGAGAGCUGGAAGAAACAACUCAGCGCUUCCAAGGAGGAGAGUGACACGCUCAGGGCGAAGAUCGCCGACCUGGAGGUUCAGUGUAACGAGGCCAGUCAAGAGAAGCAGCGAAACGCUCAACUGGGUGUACGCGUGCAGGAGUUGGAGGCCGAGCUGAACGACAAAGAGCAGGAGCUGGAAAAUUUGAGGAAGCAGGCAGAGACCAUUCCUAUACUAAUGGCCGAAUGCGAGAGCGUCACUUCCAAACUACAGUCCGCAGAGAUAAAGAACCGAGAGUUGGAAGGGAGGAUCGACGUCCUCCACUUGGACGUGGACGAAAGUCGCCAGAAGCAAGGCAACAUCAAGGGCGAGCUGAAGAAGUUCAUGGACGUCCUGGACGUGAAGCUGGACGAGCUGCACGAGUUCCGACGGGGUCUGUCCCGGCUGGGAGCUGACAACUAGAGCCCGCCGGGUCAUCGUUUUACGUUUUCUGAGCACAAACUACGCGAUGCCCGCUCGCGGACUGUGAAGACAUACUCGGGAGGAGGAUUGGCGUGCGCUGUCACGUGACCUCACCUUUUGUGUGCAACCCAAUCAAGAGUCAUACUUUGAAGCUUAUUUUUGUGGGAGGGGGGCUGGUGGUGGGUUCAUUGUUAAGGGCUACAUGCAACAACACAAAUGCCAUUGAGCGUCACACAAGUAAUAAUUGGUGGUAUGACGCCCCCCACCCCUUCUUGGCAAUCCAUAGGCUGUCUCAGGUGUGUCACUCUGAUGACGCGCACAUACGAGAAUAACGGCCGUAACACUAAGUGCCUCUGGAGGGCUUUUUGGUCCUUCCGGCUAGGACAAACGGCCCAGCAUAAAAAGCAUCACUAUUCUGCUAACCAAUGAAAGAAAACGGGUCAAAGUCAGACAGAGAUGGAAAGCUUUUGGAGCAUUUGGGAGCCAUUCCGCUGAAAGCAGACACGUGGUCAAAAACUGAAAAAUACGUUUUUGACGAGCAUUCCCAUGAAGUUAAGAUAAAUUGGCAACCAUCCAUCGAAUUAAAGGACUUCCGACCCUCAUUUUGAUCAUUUAUGUAUAAUUUGUGCCACCAUUGUGCUGCCCAUGGUAUUGCAUUUAUCUUUUAAAAGCUUCUCAAAACAGAUAAAUUGAAAUAUUUUUUAAUGGGUCUACUUACAAAGGCACAUUUAAACAACUUUGAAACAAACCUUCAAGUGAAAGUUUCAGACGUGAGAGUUUAUUUGCCAGUUUCUUUACAAACUACAUUUGAAAUCUAUAGGGCGCCACAUCUCAUUUUUGACACUACAAGAAGUGUCUCCCUUCAGUGCGACGGCUCAAAAUGAUUCCACAGACCGACCGAAGUCACUGGCUGCCAUUGAAGGCGAUAGACAUCCAAUCCUUUUUGACUGGGAACUUCAAAAUAUCAACGUGGAUUGGAAAUAUCCAGCUUUCAGUGACGGUGAAUGAGUUCGACUUCAUGUACAAUGCCAUAGAGACGUUAACUGUAAUAAAAGUAGUGCAAUUUUCCACUCAGUCUUCUAGAGCAUUUCCAUAGAUUGGCACAACUGGUUUCUCAAUAGCUUUUUUUUUCAGUCAUCCAAAAUUAUUAGAAGCCAGUAAACUGGCUGACCUGUUGUGCGAAUGUUGUGCGAUCAUUUUCAUACAAGGCGGUUGAUGUGCUUCCUUCCACUCAAUUUUUUUUUUUUUUUUUUUUUUGCGUGGUGGUGCUGGUGAUUUUUGGAUGUAGUGCUGCGACACGGGCGAAUAAUUGAACAACAAGACUAUGAAGGGAUUUGUGGCUUUUGUCUCGACAUUAUUUAUUUGGGUGCCUGUCUCCUGUGUCUUUCUAGUGCGAGUUCAGCAAAGUCAAUCUACAUGUAAGCCAAUAGAAGAAAUAUACCAAACCUGUCUUUCAGAGCUGCUUUGUACAACAAUCUAUUUUUAAAUAUUUACAAAAAACAAUUAUAUGUACUUGUAACUGUGUCAUGAAACUGGAUUUUAGUCAUAUGUAAAACCAAACAUAAAAUAUGACCUUUUCUUUUGAACCAAUGACUUCUGUACACACUUGAGGCUUUUCUUUAUUGUACAAUACUACUGAUUGCUAAAAUUUUGUUUCAUGAAAAAUUCGUCAAAGACAUCCAUAAGCUCUAUGACUCAAGGAUUUUUUUCCCUACAUUUUCUAUACAGUCAUGGACGAAAUUAUUCGCACCCCUGGAAUUUUUCCAGAAAAUACAGCAUUUCUCACCGAAAUUAAUGCAAUUACAUAUGUUUUCAGUAUGUGUUUAUUUCUUGGAUGUUUAUUUCUUGGAAAAACAAAAAAGUUGGGGAAAAAAACCCAAAAUUGACACAAUUUUAGACAAAACUUUAAAAAAAUAGGCUAGACAAAAUUGUUGGCACCCUCACUUCAAUAUUUGGUUGCACAUCCUUUGGGAGAAACAACAAAAACCAAUCGCUUCCUAUAACCAUCAACAAAUUCCGUGCACCUCUCCGAUGGAGAAACACAAAAAAGUUGACGAGAAAAGCCAAAACCUACACAAUUUUACACAGAAUGCAAGAAAUGGGCUGGACAAAAUUGUUGGCACCUUCAAAUCAAUAUUUGGUUGCGCAUCCUUUAGAGCAGGGGUCCCCAACCUUUUUUGCACCACGGACCGGUGUGAUUUGGGUCUUUUUUUUUCCACGGACCGGUGUUCUGUAAAAUUUUGCACACUGAUAAAAUUUUGCUCCCAAAGCUUUUGUUGCGGUGAAAAAAAGCCCUCUUUUAUAUUCAGUUGAACUCUCAAUGUUAUCCAACGGUGCUAAAAAACAAUUUACAUCAUAAACAUACUACAUGUGCAACACGAAAACGGUGUAAAUUAAUGCUUAACGACAUGGCGAAGUCGUUAAGUGAGAGAGUUGCGUGCAGUUGUUUUGUGCAUCUAACAUGGCAAACGUAAGUUAAUAUUCCUUUCCUUAACGUUUGUAGUGUGUACUUUGGAAUUCGCGGUCAUUUUUAAAUUUACGCGCCUGACAAAUUCGUCAGGACCCCGGCAAUGUGCGGCAGAAAAAUACAGCAAAUAUAAAAUAACAUUUGUUUUUAGCCCAUCGUGUUAAGUGCAGGGAAAAUACAACUCACCCGCUGAAUCAGUGGGAGGCCUGAGCUUGUUUCAUUCGUUUCAGUGCUCUCCUAGCGAUGUCAGGAUAUUCCGAAAUGACUUUAAUCCAGAACCUCGGUAGAGUUGUUGUCUCAAAUGUACGUUUAAGGUCGCCGUGAUUUGCGAUCUCUACAAGCUGAUAUUUCUGUUGCACAGACAUGCUGGAAUCACUCGGUUUAUUCACAUACGGGUCACGAAUCCACUCCUUCGCAGUUCGUUGGUCUUUAGUGAUUGGGAAGUAGCAUGAUUUUGUUUUCUUCGAGGUUGUAGGCUCAUCUUCUGGCUCGUCAGGUUCCCUUUUCCCUAUUAAAAAAUCUGUCCAAAAAAUGACUGUUUUUUAAUCAUUCUAGUGUGGGGGCUAAUUAUUUCUGGGAACAAAUGUGAUGGGCGACGAUCUACGUCAUACGUUAUUAUCGAGGCCAAGCGCACAUAGAUAUACAAAAGAAGAUGUACUGCUAACAGUCCAAUCAAUGCAUUUCUAUGACGACCUCCUAUCCUGUAGUUGUAUAUCUAGAGUAGACAGGGAUAUUGGUGUGUUAAGCAGCACAGGCCAAAGUCAAUCGGCCAGAACGCAGUCAUUAAUAAAUUAUUUAUUGUUUCUGCGCAGCCCGGUCCCAAAUGCGCCACGGACCGGUACCGGUCCGCUGCCCGGUCGUUGGGGACCCCUGCUUUAGAAGAAAUAACAGAAAGCAAUCACUUUCUAUAACCAUCGUUUCGUGCACCUCUCAGAUGGAAUUUUGGACCUCUCUUCUUUUGCGAACUGUUCUAGGUCUCUCAGAUUUGAAGGGUGCCUUCUUGUAAUAGUAAUUUUGAGAUCUCUCCAUAGUGUCAAAUAUGUUUUAGAUCCAGACUCAUCGAUGGCCAUCUCAGAAUUCUCCAGCGCUUAGUCUCCAACCAUUUCUUGGUGCUAUUCAAGGUAUCUUUUGGGUCAAUGUCCUGUUGGAACACCCAUGACCUCUGACGCACACCCAAUUUCCCAGCACUACACCCUACAUUCCGGCCCAAAACAUUUUGAUAGUCUCCAUAUUUCAUGACUUGCACACUGUCAAGGCACCCAGUGCCAGAAAAAAGAAUGAGGCCUACAAAGAAACCACAGUGGAUAUAGUCAAACAUGGUGGAGGUCCAAUGAUGUUUUGGGGUAUUUUUGCUGCAUUUGGCACCGGGUGACUUAACAUGACUCCUUGUACUCUAGUCAAGGUACCCAGUGCUAGAGGCAGCAAAACAACCCUAAAACAUUGUUAAACCUCCUCCAUGUUUGACUUGGCACUGUGUUCUUUUCUUUGUAGGACUACUUCUUUUUUCUUGCACUGGGCACUGGUCUCCAACUAUUUCUUGGUGCUAUUUGAGGUAUGUUUUGAGUCAAUGUCCUGUUGGAACACCGAUGAACUCUGACAUAUUUUCCUGACACUACACCCUACAUUCCGGCCCAAAAUAUUUUGAUAAGUCUCCAUUUUUCAUGACUUGCACACUGUCAAGGCACCCAUUGCCAGAAAAAAGAAUGAGGCCAACAAAGAAACCACAGUGGCUAUAGUCAAACAUGGUGGAGGUCCAAUGAUGUUUUGGGGUAUUUUUGCUGCAUUUAGCACCGGGUGCCUUAACAGUGUGCAAGGACUCAUGAAAUCUGGAGACUAUCAAAAUGUUUUGGGCCGCAAUG